GCCAUUUAUGUGGUGGGCAACAGCUGUACGUGAAACAUCUACCUUCGUACAUCAGUGUCCAGCGCCAGACACCUGAUUCACCUGUCAGUUCCAGUGACCUUCACAAUGUUCUGGCUGGCCCUUUGGGUCUGAGUAAUAAGAAGUCAAUCCUCCAGUCCAAGUCUGUACUGAAGAGACCCAAAGCCAAUGUUCUGUUUACAGUGGUCACUCACAAAGACCAAGUUUUGCCCAUUGACAGUGUGGCCAGUUUUCCGGUUGAGUGGGAUGUUCCAUAUGUGGAUAUUGAGAACCUAAUGAACAAUGUACAGAGUAAAUUUUUGGACAAGGAGCCUGUCAUGCUUGACUUGAUGUCCAGCAACCAGUUCUUUGACAUCAAAACCAGCUCAGCAUUAUUCCAGUCACUUCCAUCAUCGUUUGAUCAUGCACUGGAGCGAUUGUUACAUCCAGACUCUAUCUUGAACCGUCUGUCAGCUUCUCAAGGCAGCUCCUUGAAUUCAAGCGUAUCGGCAGACAGGGGGUUGUUGGCCGAGAUGCAGAUGGUUGACGAUACCAUUAGAACUUUUAAAAAGAAUGCAGGUAGCUUGAAUACCAAGACUCCUGACCUUUUGUCCUUCACCUUGACUGGAUUGCGCGAUGUGGGCCAGGAACAUGGUGUCAACUCACAGCAGGCUAAGGAUGCUCAGAGGAUCAUCACCGAACACCUCAACCAGAUCACAGAAGAGCUCAAGAAACUUUACAAAGGAAACGUCAUGGUUGAGGUCCUGGUUGCUCCCUACGUGGACCAGGCUAAGGCUCGCAAGACCAGGAGCCUGAUGGAAGUUAGUGCCACCAGCGCUAAUGUAUCGGCCUCAGCCCUGAACCUGGAAAUUGACUAUUACCCAGACUUCCCUGCCAUCUUCAACAUCGUUCUGUGGUUGAUGAUCAUUCUGCUCAUCACCAUUUUCUUUGUCGCCUACGGCAUCUGGAACUUGAACCCCAACCUGGACUCCAUCUUGUACAGAGUACCUCAAGAUGAUCUCAAGAAACUCAACUAA